UCCACUUCUUCAAUCUUCCCGACCAUGAACUUCUCCAAGACCACCAGCUUCUCUCCCCUUCACAUUCGAACAGCCGAUACUCCACCGAAAGUUGAAAAAGUUAUCACCCCAGGUCGUGAACUAACUCGUGAGGAACGCAAGGUUGCCCGAAGGAGAAAUGGCCCAACGGACGUGCUACCCACUUACGCGGGAAAACGAUUGACCUUCACGUUACCACCUGCUACUGGACCAAAAUUCGGUCAAGUGAGCCAGCCAGAUGUCAUUCCUUCUAACAACAAUAAUCCCCCCUCAAUCAAGUAACCCGACAAUACCUAACACUCCGUCAACAUCCGCAUUCCAACAGCCUCGAAAAGUCCUCAAAUCACCUCUUGGUCGUGAGAUCAGCGUCGCCGACUGCGCCAAACCACAUCCAGAACCACCGGAUCCCAGUUCGUCUAAAAAAGCCAACGGCAAGUCAAGCAAAGGCAAAGAAAAUGCUCAACCAACUUCACAAGGUCACGACAACCUCCCCAGUAGCGCGUCAAUCAAACCGACCGUCAAGAAGCCUGUACCUCACGUUUCUGAGACUCGCCCAUCCAAAGCAUCAACAAAAUCAGGCAAAUCAUCGCAGGUUGUACAACGCAAGGAAGAACGCAGCGAACUCUCAUGUGAUAGCGAAGCCACACCUACUGUUUUGAACACCCCCCGAGGUUCACCGGGUAGCUCGAGUGAUUCAAGCAAGAUGAAAACACUGGCUUGCAAGAUCUUCACACCAGGGGUACCUCGGAAAGAGCCCAAGAACAGCCAGAAGUUGGCCGAAACAAGCCGGAAAACGGACAUCAACUCGUUAUUCGAGAGACCAACAACAACUUCUGAGGCCCCCAAGGCCGAGAAAAACGUAGCCCAAGCAAGCCAACAGGAUCCUGCGGAAGAGCAGAUCUAUAUCGUCGCGGAUAGGCUACUCAGACAGGAUGAUCCACUUGAGAAGUCGAUCGAAGACGGCGUAGAAUUGAGCCUAGAUACUCAGCGCUUGUUGCUCAAGAUCAAGAGCCAGUUGAAUCCUCCCGACAUCAUAUCCAUCUCAAUCCGCAAGCUGAUUCAAGACGAGCUCGAAAAAGUGGAUCAACGACUCCUGCUAGUUUCUGACCGUCGGGAUGAAGACGAUAGUGAGGAUGAGGAUGAAGGUGAGGAUGAGCGGAUCGAGGCCGAAUCAGAACGGGCGGCACUGGCAAGCUUGUUGGAAAACUUCAAGACCGAGAUGUUGGACUACUCUGACCAGCUCGUACGGUACGGCUUGUUGAAAGUCAAGCUUCAACAACUUCAGACUCUAGAAACCGACCUCCAAUCUCAGUUACAACCCUCUACCUCUUCUCAACAACCUGCUAAGCGGAAACCACCCAAAAAGAAACAUCGGUCUAAAUAACCGCUCCUGUUCUUUUAGUUCGUUCUAUCAUCCUCAAUAAGUUAAAGGAAAGCCAGAAACAAAUGUAUUUCUUUUCGCAUUUCUGUACUAUUUUCACCCUUAUAGGAUUGCUGUACCCGCAUUUAUUACCAGUUGGUUCAAGCUAUACAUAAUCACCUGCAGAUUAACCACUCAAAUUACAUAUUAUAACCUAAUUGAUGCUUUGUAUGAAACACAAUCACAAAGUAGCACAUGACAUUUCUAA